GUGUCUCUCUCCCACCAUUUCUAUCUCUCUCAUCAUCAUCCUGUUCUUCUCUUCCACCGCUUUCAGUCUUCGCCAAUGGCAGCAAUCACACUCAUACCCACUGCCUCGCUUGUUGAAUUCCGCUCUUCGAAACCCCAACUCUUCAACUUCAACCCUCUCCACUUCUGCACGCCCAUUGGUUCGCCUUCUACUGCUGCGUACAGAUUUAAGUUGGGUUCGUUUGGAAACUCUAAGGUUUCAACCGAGGCUGCCCUCUCCUCUUCAUUUUCUUCAGAUAACAAGAAGACAGACCCAAUGGUUCCUCCAUACAACGUUUUGAUCACUGGCGGUUCCAAAGGAAUUGGAUAUGCACUUGCUAAAGAAUUUCUGAAGACGGGUGAUAAUGUCCUUAUUUGCUCUAGAUCAGCUGAUAGAGUGGACUCUGCCCUUGAAAGCUUAAGGAAUGAAACAGGGAAGCAGCAUGUGUGGGGCACUAAGUGUGAUGUUCGUGAUAGUGAGGAUGUAAAAAGUUUAGUUGCAUUUGCAAAGCAAAACCUUAAAUACAUAGAUAUAUGGAUUAAUAAUGCUGGAUCAAAUGCAUAUAGCUACAAGCCACUAGUUGAAGCUUCUGAUGAAGACUUAAUUGAAGUUGUCACCACAAAUACUCUCGGUUUGAUGAUAUGUUGUCGAGAGGCUAUAAAUAUGAUGCUUAGUCAGCCUCGAGGAGGUCAUGUAUUUAAUAUUGAUGGAGCUGGUUCCGAUGGAAGGCCAACCCCCAGAUUUGCAGCUUAUGGUGCAACUAAGCGAAGUGUGGUACACCUAACAAAAUCAUUGCAGGCAGAAUUGGAGAUGCAAGAUGUAAAAACUGUUUUAGUGCACAACCUCUCGCCUGGAAUGGUCACGACCGAUCUUCUCAUGUCUGGUGCUAACACAAAGCAGGCCAAAUUUUUCAUAAACAUUUUGGCAGAGCCGCCAGAUGUGGUUGCUGAGUAUCUUGUCCCGAAUAUUAGGUCUAUCCCCACCAGUGGAUCAACGAAACCUACUUACAUUCGAUUUCUCACCGGAUUGAAAGCAUAUUCCCAGAUAUUCUCACGGAUUGCAUUUGGCGCAAGGAGGAAUAGAUAUGUUCUUGAGGAUUGACAGAAUCGAACAUUGAAAAUUAUAUGUUCAAUGUCGUGCGCAAAAUCGCCAAAUCACCCGGUUUUCUGCACAGUUUGCCCAUCUUGUACCAGUAACAACAUGGUCAAGUGAGAUGAGGCCAAAAUGAUCUGUUUGAAUUUGGUUAGUGCCAAUUCAGUGUUCAUUUCUACUUGACCUUGAGUUGAGUUCAGAUUAUGUUGAUUGAGCUCUGAGGGUUUUUAGUUUAGGUAUAUUCUCUGUUGGUAACAAAACUUUCUAGGCUUUUGUUAGUGGACAUUCCGUAUUACUCUAAUUCAAGGACAAAAGGUGCAGCUUUCCUUUUA